CGGCUCGGCCAGCAGCCUACGCCCCCUUCGCCGCCGCGGGCACUUCCGGUUCCGGUAGCCGCUGGCCGUGUGUAUCCGAGGCGCCUGCCAUGGCUGGGAGCCGGUUGCAGACGGUGGGGAGCGUUUUCUCGCGGACUCGGGACCUGAUUCGGGCUGGGGUGUUGAAGGAGAAGCCCCUCUGGUUUGACAUAUAUAACGCUUUUCCUCCACUGAGAGAGCCGGUCUUCCGAAGGCCCCGCCUGAGAUAUGGCAAAGCCAAAGCUGCCAUCCAGGACAUCUUGUACCCCGAGGAUCGGAUUAGAGCGAAAUUUUAUUCGGCCUAUGGAUCUGGUCAGAAAGCUUUUGAUCUGUUCAAUCCAAACUUCAAGUCUACCUGUCAACAGUUUGUGGAGAAGUACAUUGAGCUACAGAAGCUUGGAGAAACAGACGAAGAGAAAUUAUUUGUGGAAACAGGAAAGGCUUUAUUGGCAGAAGGUGUCAUUUUAAGACGAGUAGGAGAAGCAAGGACUCAAAAGGCAGGUAGUCACGUUUCCUGGGAAUCUGAACCUCCGGAUGUGAAAUCCCAAACAGUGUUGGAAAACAACAAGCCUCUGCCGGAAGCUCUACAGGGCCAGCAUAUGGAGCCGUCGCAGGAACAGUCGAAAGCACUCAAAUGAAAAGGUUGCUAGGGGAAGGCAAAGGAGGCGGCAAAGGUGAGUGCCACCUCUUCUCCAAGAUGUCGCCGGCACUGACCUCUCCGGCCAGACGUAUCACAGGAAGAGGACUUUUGCUGAAUGGUAGCUGACAAUGAAAUUAUGUUUUGGAUAUAGUUUUAGUCUCGAUUGAUGCUUUUCUUGGACUGGAAGUUAAAUGUCAGUCACCUGACCUUCUAGUUGUUCCGUUCUUUUAAUUAAAAGAUGGUUCUAAGCAA